AUGAACCUACGCAGUGGCAUCGCCACAUCGGGUAAAAGGCAAAUCCUCCUCGCUGUGGACGGAUCAGAGAACGCUAAGUUCGCGUUCAGGUGGUACCUUGAGUGGUCUCGACGACCUGAUGAUGGAGUCCUCUUCUUUCAUGUCUUUGAACCACCCUCGCUGCCCGCCAUUACGUUGACAAAUCCCAGUUCUAUCCCAAUCGAGGAGUGGAGUAAGAUUCUGAAGGCGCGGGUGGACAGCGUCAAUCGACUCCAGGACGACUACAUCGCGGAAGGCAGGGCUGUCGGUUUGAAUUGUGAGUUCUUGAGUCAACCGUCAGAAAAGAUUGGGGAUGCGAUUGUCGAACAGGCUGAGAAAGUUGGCGCCCAUCUCAUCAUUAUGGGAACGCGGGGAUUAGGACCUAUUCGACGAACUCUUCUUGGCAGCGUCAGUGACUACGUUAUCCACGAGGCCUCUGUUCCAGUCACAGUUGUACCAAAAGUUUGA